AUGAGUGUGCUGGAGAAGCAAGAACGACCCCCGUUGCACCAGCCCUACAGAGGUGGCACAAAAAGCGAGAAUUUGCAAGCAUCCGUGUGUUACAAUCGCAGCGGCAGCGGCAGCAGCAGCGAAAUGCGCAAAGACGAAGACCGACCAAAGUUCUCCAGUUUCCUCUACAGUGAACAGUUUUGUGGGGACAAAUCUAACCGCAUGCAACCAACCCAGAAGCGUCAUUUGAGCGAGGCCUUCGUCGACGCAGCAGAGAACAAAUACCUCACUACUGAAUUCUACAAAGUAAGUGGGACUUAUCAGACAGGGAAGCCAAAGAUCACGGAGACUACUCAGUCGAUCGACGACGGCAGCACGUCGACAUGUUCGGAAGAGGAAAAGGACUUUGUGAUGCACAAUGCCAACAAUCGGAAACCCUUCAGCCCACAGCCAGUGUCCUCAGCAUCACCGUUCUUCGGCUUUCCCGAAGCACCACUGCUGAAACCUCCCCAAUCACGUCGAUCCGACGACUACCAGACGCUGCCAGCAUCUGGCAGAGGUGACUUGCCAGGUCAGAGCUUCUUCAACAGCCUCAAACCGCCAGCAGUGUUUUCUCAGAGCCCAGACGACGAGAACGACGUCGAAGACGGCAGCAGCAGCAGCAUCGGCUCAGAGCUCAUAGUUGCCGCCUACAAUAAUUUCGUGCGCAAACUCGUCGACGAGACGCUGGACAGGACGGUGACCUUCUGUGAGCAGCCGCGGAAUGCAAUUAGCGCGUUGGAGCGGAUCUGUUCAAAGGCUUGGCCGCAGCUGGAGACGAAACGCCACCGCAACCGCAUUCGCGCCUACCUGAAGGCGUGUCGAAGGAACUCCAAGAAGAACCGCGGUCAAAUCAAUAUGAAGGAGCCGCCCAUGAAUGGGCUGUCGGUUGAGGCGAGGCAAAUGGUCGCCACAGCGCUCAACCUCGUCAUGAAGGACAUCGAGCAGUUGAGACAGGACCUCAAGAGAGACAACAGUCCAUCGGUGUUCACAGCAAAGAAUGGGACCCUACCGCCGAACCUGCGCCGACACGGACAAUUCUGUCCCACCUCGAAUAACUCCAAAUCCCUCCUCGGAUGUGUCCCCCACACGACAUCCUCCACCGCGUCCCCCUACUCCACCGCGACCUCCUCAAAGUCCACCCAUCGAAACGCCUCCACCGACGACAGACAUUACCCGCCGACAAAGUCCACCUACCACCUCCCGCCACCUCUUCCGCCGUUUCCGCCUCCGGCUGGUCUCGAUGCAGACUGCGUCUCAGCAAUCAUGCGCUUCCUCCCAUCCACCUUCCACUUCGGCGUGGAUCUUGGUGCUAGUUUUCGCUCUGCCGCGAUGCACACCGCCAUGCUGAUGAACAGUGGACUGACGACGCGCGAACAUGCGGCGGAUGAGGAGGCAAUGAGGAAUCGAUACUGGGCGGAGGGGAAGCGCGAAAAGAGGGAGGUGCAGGCAAUGCUGCCCCCACCAGCGGCGCAUUUUGCCGUCUCCAAGUACUCCCCGACUCUGAACGAAGCGACUUCCAUGCUUCUGGACGUCCGGCCCCUAUCACAGGUUCGUACUUACUUCACUGUGCAGAGAUGA